GGGUCAUAUCCAUAGUCAUAUCAAUGGUUAUAUGUUUAUUCUCUGUGUUUAUUGUGUUUAUUUAUCUGUUAUUGUAGAAUUUGCUUGUUUUAAGUUUACAGCGCAGGUUUACACUUUUUAAGUUUACAGUUAUUUAAAAAAUUUAAUGUUGUUUUAUGCUGUAUAAUUUUUUUAUUAACGCUGAAAAAAGAUUCUUAAAUGGCAAGUAAUCAUUAGUUUUGUCAUUAGUAUAUCAUUUUUUUUUUAAUCAAUAUUAUGGCAGAGGCAGUAGUUGAUCCAGAAAAAACAACUAAAGGUAAAACGAAUAAUCUAGAAUGUGCUGUUUGUUUACAACAUUGCAUCCAUCCAGCACAGUUACCCUGCGGCCACAUUUUUUGCUAUUUAUGUGUAAAAGGAUUUGCAAACCAGAAUAAAAGAUGCGCAAUGUGUCGCCAGGAGAUACCUAGAGAUUUUGUGGAUCAGCCACAAUUGUUACAAGAUGUGGAGCUCUCAGAUUCUUCAGAAGGAUUCGAUGGAGGAUACCAGUGGUUUUAUGAGGGUAGAAACGGAUGGUGGAAAUAUGAACACAGAACAGCAGAAGAAAUAGAAAGUGCAUUUAAGCUUGAUAUAUCUUUAAUUAAUAUAAUGAUAUGCGGAGGAGCAUAUAUUAUAGACUUUCAAAACCUAAUUCAGUAUCCAAAGUCUCACCCGAAUAGAAAAAGAUCUAUCAGAAGAGACAAAAUUCAAAAUUUAAAUGUUAAAGGUUGGUGGCAAUAUGACGAGAGAACCAGUAAAGAACUGGAGAAUUCGUACAAGAAUGGAGAAAAAUGUGUGGAAUUGCUUAUCGCAGGAUUCUUAUACGUUGUUGAUUUCGAAAAUAUGUUACAGCUACGGCGAAAUGAUCCUUCUAGAAGAAGGCUAAUCAAAAGAGAUUUUUCAUCAAUACCUAAAAAAGGAAUUGCAGGUAUAAGAACAGAAGUUUCAUUAGGUACACAAACCGUACAAGAACUUCCAGAAAUUCGACCUGUGAGUCCUACAGAGGGCAAUGUCGACAACGGGAUCCCAGUUACUCCAUCAAAUACUCCACAAACACCAAUAAGUGGCAGGGAAUCUCCAAAUCAAGAGCGAGACUUGCAGGCCACAGUGGAACGAAUAUCUAAUUUAAGAUUAGACUCGGAUAGAAAUGAUUUUGCGGACACAGCAAGUGAAGAACAUAGGACUGAUAGUGAAAGUGAAUCAGAGAGAGUACCCAAUUCUUUUAGAAAUGGAAGUGGUAUAGGGACACAUUCGAGGAAAGAUUAUCAGCAUUGAUUGAUUUUUUAUUACAGGAAUACCGGCUUAAAACAUAGAAGAAAAUUAUAUAAUUGUGUAACUUUGAAGAUCUAUUGUGUGAGAAUAAAAAUUAAAACUUAUUUUUAACUCAAA